UCGUUAUCUCACAAUUGAGGGACUUAAGUCAAAAAUCUAUUAACAUUUACUCAAGUUUUUCCUGGUCGAUUAACGGAUGAAGGAAGAAAAUCUACAGCAUUAUCAUGCAAAACUAUAAAGCAGAUAUAGUCAAAACCAUGAUGUUAGGCGCAUAUUUGUAUGUCUAAUGGCAUGGAUUACAUUUUGUUAAUUUUAAUAUCAUUAUUGUUGGAGGCCAUAUUUAUUUUAUCAAAUUGUUCAACUAUUCCGGUAUGUGAAAGAGGUUUCAAAAGUUGCUGUCCGGACUACUCGUGGGAUGUCGAAAGUCAAGCAUGCAAAAAAUGCUUACCAGGAUAUGCUGGAAUAAACUGUACAAAAUGUCCAUUUCCUUACUAUGGAGAAAAGUGUCAAGAACACUGUCAAUGUUCGGUGGAAUUGUGUCACUUUUCUCAAGGUUGUCCCAUUCCAUCAACAGAAAUGGAAGACCUUUCUACGGUCACUAGUACGGUAAUGGAAAACGACACCAUCUGGACGACAGAAACAUCCUCAUACAUGUACACAAAUUCUACAAGCAGAGUCUCGACAAAUGAGCCUUCAAGUAUAAACAGAAUCCUUCUCAUUUUUAUAAAAGUGAUUGGUUUUGCGGACGUACUUAUGAUUUUAACUAACGUAGCUGUAUGCAUUUAUGAUCGACAAUAUAAAGCUUAUUCUCGGGAUUUGAGAGACACAACUGUCAAUUUUCCCGAUAACGACACGAUGUAUGAAAACGUUCAAAUUAUAUUCCCUCCCGUCUGAUUUAUAUCGGACACAUCGCCGUCUUUAGAACUAUCAUAUGAAACUUAAAACAUGUCAUUGGAGUUGCAGUAAUCAAGAAUUUCAGAUAUCGCUAUAACCACAUUGUACCACAGUGAAGACAUACAUGUAUUAAUCAGACGAACAUGAUGAAAUUGAAACAAAUUAACUGAUUUUUAAAAGAGAGUUUACAGUUAUAAAAACAGUCGGUUAUCUAAAACUUCGUGCUGAUAAAUUUAAGAGAAACAAUUUCAAACUAAUUUCUUUUUUCGUACAACAGGUUUUCUUUUAUUGUAAACCAACUUUUAUUCGCGGCGAUUUUAUUUCGCGUUUUAGCAGGCGAAAAUAAGUCCUUGACAAUUCAUUUUUUUGAUCAAGUCUAGUUUGGAUCAGUUGUUGAUUGAGACAGAGACCUUAUGGACCUGUUCGCGGAGAUAAAUAUUUGCGAUGACGAGGCUCUCGUGAAAAUUUCUUGCAUACAUUACAGUAUCUCGUCUUGCAUACGUAUCAUCUAGAAGAUCUUAAAUGCAGCAUUAAAAAUCAUGCCUAAACAUAUAUUUACCUGUACAUGAAUAAAAUCCAAAUUUAACUGAAAAACUCGAUCUAAAGCACUUUCGCCCCACGGGGGCUCGUCAGUAGAUUAGAUAGGAAAUUCAGUAAAUCCAGUAAACCUACAGAUGAGCCUGAUGGGGCGAAAGUUUUUAGAUUGGAGUAAGAGUUUUGCAUUUAAAUUUGGAUUCUAUUUUAUCCCUAUACCAAGGAAAAAUAAUUUUUUGAAUAUACAUGUAUAUAUGUCUGCAUCUUUUAAAUCCUUAUAAUGUAUUUUGAGCUCACAUUUUAAUUUUGGAUUAAAAACUGGUUCAUGCUUCCUGGGGAUAUAAUCCAAUUUUUUUCCGUAUUAAAUAGGGUUAACUGAAAUGAGGAACUUUAAACGCUCGACGCAAAGAACAUAACAUUGAUGUAUACACAACACAUUUUGAAUUAAGUGACGGUUUUUGUAAUCAUUUUUAGACUUUCUCUUAACAUUGAUUUUCAGAACAGAUCGACUUUCUUGAUAUAAACUAAUGCUUUCAAUAUGCAUGUUCGUAAGGAUAAGGUGUAUGAAUAACUAAGAUUUAUGAUAAACAAUAACUAUUUCAUAACAUUCAAACUUCUAAAUUUUUCCAUGCACUCAGCUAGACAAUUGGUUUUUAAUCGUUUUUGAAAUGACAAUAACACAUCGGUUGCCGUGUUUGACAAGCAUUUCGAAAAUUCAUGAUCCAAAAAAGGUAAUUACGGUUUAUGUCUAUAAAAGAAUGUUAUCGUGUUCAAUAAUGCAGGAAAACCGUCAUUUGACAAACGUUAUAGCAUGACUGUAUAAAACGAAAUUCACAUUAAUAUAAGCUUUUAAGGUGUUAUCGUUAAACUUAUUUAACGACAAAAAGGUACGUACAUGUACUUCUAUGCAUAGUCCCCUAAACGAUUGCAAUUAUACGACCUUCAAUCCGAGCCCUUCAAUUUUCAACGAACAAAUGUAAAAUAAAUACGACAACUGAAAUUAUGUUAAUAUGUGUUUUCAAAGGAAAAUUAAU